UCAACAGAAACACGAUGCCUAAUUUGAAUCGAUGGUUGAUUUUUACUGUGCUCCUUGCUGUUGCCAGCUGUGCUGAACAUAAACCUCCCAAGACACCAUCCUUUCUUAACAUAGUCUCCGGCAAUGCUGAUUUUGCCAUCAAAUUCUACCACCAACUUGCUUCAGAAGCUGCUAGCAAGAACAUUUUCUUUUCUCCUCUGAGCAUCUCCAGUGCCUUUGCCUUGCUGUCACUGGGGGCUAAAACAACCACUCUGAGUCAGCUAUUGUUAGGACUUGGCUUCAACCAGACAGAGAUCAGUGAGCAAGAAGUACACAAAAGUUUCCGUGAUCUCCUGAAUGUGCUAAACCAACCAGAGGCUGAAACUGAGCUGAGUAUUGGAAAUGUCCUUUUCACACACAAUCAGUUCAAGCUCCUGAAGAAAUUCUUGAAGGAUGCCAAACAUUUUUAUCAGGCUGAUGUAUUUCCUACUAACUUCAAAAACCGUACAGAAGCACAAAAUCAGAUCAAUAGCUACAUUGAGAAGAAAACCAAUGGAAAAUUAGUGGAUGUAGUCAAGGAUCUUGAUCCAUUCGACAUAACAGUAAUUGUAAACUAUAUUUUCCUGAAAGCUUACUGGAAAAAACCUUUCAAUUAUGAGUAUACUCAUGAAGACAACUUCUCUGUGGAUGAAGAAACUAUAGUGAAAGUUCCUAUGAUGAACAGACACAGCAUCUUUAACAUAUAUUAUGACAAGGAGCUGUCCUGCCAGGUGGUGCACCUUUCAUACAAGGGUGAUGCUUCAGCAUUGUUCAUUCUCCCUGACCCAGGGAAACUGAAACUGGUGGAAGAUGCUCUGGGGAAAGAAGUUCUACUUAAAUGGGCAAAUUCACUGAAACUACGGAGAGUACAUCUCUUUCUUCCAAGGUUUUCACUGUCUGGCCACUAUGAUGUAAAGGACCUAUUAAGUAAAUUGGGAGUUACUGAAGUAUUCACAGACCAUGCAGACCUAUCUGGAAUAACAGGGACACAUAACCUAAAGGUUUCCAAGGCUAUUCAUGGAGCAUCUCUGAAUGUCCGUGAGAAUGGCACUGAAGCUGCAGCUACCACUGUCACUGAAAUUAGUACCAGGCGUGUAUUUCCUAGAAUAAUCUUUAACAGGCCUUUCCUUGUAACAUUUGUCAAUGACAAUUCCAUCUUGUUUAUGGGAAGAGUUGUAAACCCUGUGAUGAAUUAA